GUCAUGCUCUUCCCGCUGCACCGAAUCAGCCUGCGUUAAUGCCAAGCGCGCUAACCCACCUGACACCGCGUCAAUGAAUCUCGCGUCAAAAGGCCUCCACCAUUCCAGCAUUGUCCUAUCCUGAGAGUCUCGUACACCAAGCGAGCCGACCCUGUCACGAAAGCGCUCGCCCUGAAUGAACUCGUAGCAAUUGCCAGCUAAUAAUGUUCCGCAACCCACGAGAGAACAUCACUAUCGACCCUUCAACCACCACUCCCCUCAGACCCUCAACAGGUCGACCUCCAACGCCACCCGGCACAGAUCGAACCCCUCUUCAAUCCACCACAACAGUAACGAUAAUGUCCAGUCGCAGUUCCACCAAGCCACUUACUCCUCGUCCAUCUUCCAAAACCAACACUCCCAGCCUAGGCAAGCAAAGCACCAGCACAAAGAAGCCUUUCUCUGCGAAACCACAGGGCAAGCCCAACGCCAGUAUCCUCAACUUUUUCAAGAAGGUUGAUGGACCUGUGCAAGAUGACUCGAUAUUCUUGUCGCAUGGAUCAAAAAUAGCGAAUUUGCAGAAUCUGGCAAGGGACCUGAGUCCUGUCCUCGCAGAAGAGGAGUUGGAUCUGUAUGGAGAUGGCGAAGAUAGGUUUAAUGAGGUGGGUGGAUCGGUGAAGAAGAGGAAGAUUUCUGGGGAGAACAUGCCGAGUGCCAUUGGAAAUGAUGCGGAUUUCCUGGAAACUGCUAGAGAGAACGAAGUUCCCAUCAAGAAUGGGUGUACACUUCCUCCGCCAGAGGUAGACGCAAAGCCGAAACCUAAACCGAAGAAAAGAAGUGGACCAUUUUUGUCAGACUCGGAUACAGAUGAUGAGGACGAUAACGAGGCGAUUCAACAGAAUGCUGUGAAGGCGGAGCAGGAGGAAUUAGAUACCCUUGUGUCGAAUCAACCCGAUAGCAUGAAUGAAGUUGUGGAGACGAAACCUAUCGACCAUGUCCAGAUCCGGGAAAACAAACCUUUGGUUCCCACUAUCAUAUCAGUGGUCCCAAUAAAGAAAUCUUCAUCAAAAUCCCGCAAGAAGAUAGAUGUAAAAGAAGCUCAAGCAAAAUGGGCGGCAAUGCAACCCAACACUCCACCGUCAGAUUAUGACAUCCCGGGAGAGAGCGAGGGGUCCGCUUAUGGUGAUAACAAGAAGUCAAAGAAAAGGAAGAAGAAAAAGAAGUCUCCAAAGCCUGAUACGAAGAAUGAAAGUAAUGGCGAUGGCGAGCACGAGGGCGAAGUUUCUAAGAAAGCGAAGAAGGCAAAGAAAGUACCAGUCAUACCUUCCUUGAAGAAGGAAAAUACUAGUGUAGAUGAAUGGGAGAAUUUCGAGGAUUUUGAAGAGUUUCCGGAUGAAGACGAUGAGUUUGGAAAUGGAGAGGAAGCGGUCGAGAGGAGAUGGAUGGAGGAACAGACCAGACUGGAGAUGGAGGAACAGGCUAGAUUGGAGGCAGGAGAGGCAGUCGAAGAUGAGGCAUCUUUCAACGGUUUCGACGACGAAAUGGUGUUGGACCAGCUGGAAGACGACGGGAUGUCUGCUAGUUGUCCAAUUUGUGAAGCGAGCCUAGCCGGCAUAUGUGCAGAUGAUGCUACAAAGCAUGUCAAUGGCUGUCUAGACGGCAAUCCGAUCCCUUUACCGGAGCGGCAGAAAGCUCCUGUCGAGAAGGAGGGUCCGAAAGAGUCCAAAUUUUUCACUCCAGGAGCCAGUCGUUUUGCUCGGAAAGCAGCCGUACCCAGACCAGGCCAAGCGAAUCCAUUUGAAGUAGGAUCAGCAGCCGCAGCACCAUCGUCGGCUUUCUCAAAGCUCAUGUCAGGACAUGCCGAAGACGCUGCCUGGGCGAACGCUGCCGCCUCGGAGCAGAAAUCAAGAGGAAAGCCGGCAUACCAGAGAACAUGCCCAUUCUACAAAAUCAUGCCAGGUUUCUUCAUAUGUGUCGAUGCCUUUAGAUAUGGCGCGGUUCAAGGAUGUAACGCGUAUUUUCUUAGCCACUUUCACAGCGAUCACUAUAUUGGACUUACGUCUACAUGGAGCCAUGGUCCCAUCUACUGCAGCAAGGUCACAGGGAAUCUAGUAAAGCAGCAACUUCGAGUGGAUCCAAAGUAUGUCAUUUUUCUCGAGUUCGAGGAACGUUUCGAAGUCCCGGGAACUCAAGGUGUGGCCAUCACGAUGAUUCCCGCCAACCACUGUCCAGGCAGUUCUCUCUUCUUGUUCGAGAAGGUCAUUGGGAAAGGAGCAAAUCCAAAAGUACAAAGGAUUCUACACUGCGGAGAUUUUCGUGCCUGUCCAGCCCAUCUCGCUCAUCCUCUUCUUAUGCCAGAUGUCGUCGACACUAUCACUGGCAAUACUAAACAGCAGAAAAUCGAUGUCUGCUACCUCGAUACUACCUACCUCAAUCCUAAAUACUCCUUCCCGUCUCAAGAAGAAGUCAUUAAAGCCUGCGCCGACAUGUGCGUCUCCCUCAAAAAGGAACGCGCCGAGGAGAACGAUGCAUGGGAGGUUGUCAAGCGGGAGCGAGCCGGGACCGGGAUGACCAAAUUCGUACAGAACGCCACCAUCAAGUCCGAAGACGAUAGUAUUGCCAUGUCCAUCAACUCAUCAAAGGAUACCAAAUCACGCGGUAGGCUCUUAGUCGUCUGCGGCACGUACAGUAUAGGCAAAGAGCGAAUAUGCAUGGGCAUAGCUCGUGCCCUGGACUGUAAGAUCUGGGCGCCACCUGGCAAGAUGAAAAUCUGCGCUGCGCUAGAAGACGAGGAGUUGAGCUCCAGGAUGACAAGUGAUCCGAGAGAAGCGCAGAUACAUAUGCAGAUGCUAAUGGAGAUCCGGCCGGAGACGCUGCAGGAUUACUUGAAUGGCUACAAACCGCAUUUCAGCCGUAUCGUAGGCUUCAGACCUAGUGGUUGGAAUUAUCGCCCUCCAAAUUCUCGAUUCACAGCCUCCCCCGCCAUCCCAACAAUCCUGCACUCCCCUUCCUGGCGCUCUUCCUUCUCCAUGAUGGAACUAACGCCCCAGCGCGGCAGCACUCGCGAAGCCUCGUGCUUUGGAGUCCCCUACUCCGAACAUAGCAGUUUCCGUGAGCUGACUAUGUUUGUUUGUGCAUUGCGCAUUGAGAAGGUCGUCCCGACUGUUAACGUAGGAAGUGCGCCUGGACGAGCGAAGAUGAAAAGUUGGAUCGAGAGGUGGAUGGCGGAGAGGAGGAAGAAUGGUUGUUUAAAGCUUGGUGAAGGGGGUGAGGCGAAGGGAGAAGUCAGAUGGUGAAUUUUGGCAGCAGUUGGUGGGGAAGCAUUAUGCUUGCUUGGCUUUUGAGCGUGAAUCUGGCGCCUAAGAUAUUAGUAUGUCCAUGUCUACCAAUCUCCUGGAGAAAUCACGUCGAAAUUCAAAUCGAAAUGUAAUUUACAACAGUGUGAUUCUCAUCCAGCCCUGCCUCUAGCAGCGGUACUGAGAUAGACCUCCGUCUCGUCUCUGAUCCAGGCACACUGAAUCAUGUCCGACGCCAGGUGCGGCUGAAAGCCAUGGUCGCGACCAAAAUCUUGGGUAUGGUCUUGGCUAAUAACACUUCUUGCAAAACACAUUUCUGCCAAGGUGCUUCUCGCUAGCUGUGUCUUCGUCUUUCGCGUCAUUCGUCUGUUUAAGUAGCCGUGAGCUGCUUUUGCUGUGUGGGCUUAAGCCACCCCCUUUUUGGAACUCGCGGCUAGCACUAUCAUCCAGGUACGGAGUAAGAAGGUAGAUGCACAACAUAGCCAAACCUUACGAGACGCCAUACGGUACGGGUGCAUAAACAAAUUUCCCAUACUUGAGGAGCCACCGCAUUUGAUAGUUUUUUCUUGGUUGUCAUUGGCUGUUUAUUGCCCCGUG